GCCAUAUACAAAACGUGAACAGGUCUGAGAACCGGCCGGCAGAGUUAUAAAAAGGAAUUUGUAUAUCAUGCAAUCCGGCAUCUCCCUUAUUAUAGCAGGGCUAGUUGUCCAUGUGGUAUUCUUCAUAUCCAUCUUUGAUAUCUAUUUCACAUCACCGCUGGUGCAUGGAAUGACACCAUUCCAGACACCACUGGAGCCGCCAUCUAAAAGACUGGUGUUGUUUGUAACUGAUGGUUUGAGAGCUGAUAAAUUCUUUGGAGCUGAUAGAAGUACAGCUCCGUACAUGAGAGAUGUGAUAGAAAAGCGUGGUGCGUGGGGGAUAUCCCACACCAGGGUCCCCACCGAGUCUCGCCCAGGUCAUGUGGCUCUUAUUGCAGGAUUCUAUGAAGAUGUUAGUGCUGUGGCCAAAGGAUGGAAAGAAAACCCAGUUGAGUUUGACUCUGUUUUUAAUGAAAGCCGAACAACUUGGUCUUGGGGAAGUCCAGAUAUUCUACCAAUGUUUGCAAAAGGUGCCACUGGCGACCAUGUUUUCACAAAGAUGUACCCUGCCGCAGAGGAGGACUUCGCUGGCUCAGACACCACCAAACUGGACACUUGGGUCUUUGAUGAAGUUGUGGAAUUUUUUGAAGAAGCAAAAAGAAAUGCCUCUCUGGCAAGGCUUCUAUCCCAAGAUCAAAUUGUGUUGUUUUUGCAUCUACUGGGUCUGGAUACAUGUGGACAUUCUCAGAAACCUCACUCAGAAGUUCAGAGUCUGCCAUUCAGCCACUAUGUGUAUUGUCUGCUGCCUGUUAUAUUGUGGUGGGAAGUCAUAAGAAGGAAUACAAUAUUGGAAGAUGCUUGGAAGAAUGGGAUUAAAAACAAUGUUUUAACAGUGCUGCUUAUUCUGGGUAUAGGAGGUGGCGGACUAGAGAUUAUUGUAAUGGGUUUCUUUCGCCGUGAGUUGCUGUCAGUAGGGUUUAUAUCAAUGGCCGUGUGGCCAUGGGUUUCUUCUACUUCCAAAGCACACAGAAAGACUGUAUUAGCCUGGAGUAUAUCAUGCAUUUUAGUGGCUAUAUUUCCAAUGAUGCCUGUGGUAGGCAGGGGUGCUAACUACUCUCUAGUCACUUUAGCAGGUGUUUUGGCCUUGGUGUGUGCUGUUAUGUGUCUAUGGGGCUUGAAAUCAUCAGGGAUGGGAAUUACUGGCCAUGAAAAGUAUAUAAAUUUAGGGAUCCUACCUUACAUUCAGAUGGGGGUUAUCUUUGCAUCCGUCUUGAUAGUCACCACCACAGCAUGGAGUAUCAGCAACAAGGAGGGACUGCCACUGGUCAAUCAACUGGGCAGUUGGACAAUAUUAGGGUUGUCCAUUAUUCUUCCUCUGUUCAGUGCCACACAGUUGUAUCACAGGUUGUACAGUAUAGCCAUGGCCUUGUUUGCACCAUACCUCUUAAUGAGCACAGCCCAUGAAGGCAUGUUUUGUCUGGCUUUGUGUUUGCUGUUGUUUUCCUGGCUGCAGAUGGAGUAUAAAUUGGCUCAGACAGAAAAGAGCAUCAGUGAUGGUCACAAGCAGCUGGUCAGAGCUCUGGACAAAGUGGACUUCAGCCAGAUGGACACUGUGGAGAGACACCUGAUCCAAGCUGACCUGCGAUGUGCCUACUUCUUUUUACAUGUACUUCAUGAUAAAUCUAAUUACCCUUGGUUCACCUUUGUUUACUGUACAAUAUUCUCCUGUAUUGUGACCCAAUAUGAUAUCCUAAUUAAUAUAUUCCUUGACUUAGAGCUCCAGGUUUUUAUGAUCAUCUCUGCCUUCUUCGGCACUGGUAAUAUAGCCAGCAUCAACAGCUUUGACCCAGCCUCCGUCUACUGCUUCCUGACUGUGUUCAGUCCUUUUGUCAUGGGAGCUCUCAUGCUGUGGAAGAGUUAG